AUGGCGUCGGGUUUCGGCGAGUUGGUGCUUGUGAUUGGGGACCACCACAUUCCAAAUCGGUCGUCUGAAAUUCCAGACAAGUUUCAAAAGAUGCUGGUUCCCAAUCGAAUGCAGCACGUUCUAUGCACGGGAAAUCUUGUGACGAAGGAGCAGUUUGAAGAGCUACGAAAGCUGGCGCCCAACGUUCAUGUCGUUGCAGGAGAUUGCGACCAGGAGGGAAUGUACUCUGAGACAAAAGUUAUCACGAUUGGCCAGCUCCGAAUCGGUCUCUGUCAUGGACAUCAGAUCGUACCUUGGGGUGACCAGCACAGUCUCGCCGCCUUACAACGAAAAAUGAAUGUGGAUAUAUUAAUUACCGGACACACCCAUGUAUCACACAUUCGAACGGAGCACGGAAAAUGGUUUAUAAAUCCUGGAUCUAUUACUGGUGCAUUCAGCAGCUGUACCAGUGACGUGACACCGAGCUUUAUGCUCAUGGCGUUGCAGGGUCUCAAAGUUGUCACUUUUCUUUACGAGCUCAAGGGCGACAGUGUUGUCGUUUCCAAAAGUGAGUUUACCAAGGAAAUGUAA